CAUGAGUGGAUAAUUGGCUCUAAGUCAUCUCCCGAGCCACUCAUGAUUCCUGCCCUUAACUGACAUCGGUACAAAAGUUACCGAUGUGGGGGACAUUGCUGGAACUCGAUGGAGUCAAAGCAAAAAGCGUAACGCGAUCUCCAUGUACAAAUGGUCUCAAAUACCCCACGAGCGCCCGGUGUUCUCAGAGUUCCGUCUUACCGCGAAGUCAUUUUCGGCCUGAUUCACAAUGGCGUCGGCUACUACCAUGCAAGCACUGAACUAUCUUGGACCGUACCAGGUCCGGGUUGAGCAGGUUGAGAAGCCCAAGUUAGAGCACCCGGAUGACAUUAUUGUCAAAGUCACCACCGCUGCGAUCUGUGGCUCAGACCUGCACAUGUAUGAAGGACGAACUGCCGCAGAGCCGGGCAUUACCUUUGGCCACGAGAAUAUGGGCAUUGUGGAAGAGCUAGGCGAGGGGGUCACACUGUUGAAGAAAGGAGAUCGCGUGGUUAUGCCAUUCAAUGUUGCGGACGGCCGAUGCCGCAACUGCGAGGAAGGAAAGACAGCUUUCUGUACGGGUGUCAACCCUGGAUUCGCAGGUGGAGCUUAUGGCUACGUGGCCAUGGGUCCCUAUCGUGGAGGCCAAGCACAAUAUAUUCGCAUUCCCUACGCGGAUUUUAAUGCUCUGAAGCUGCCUCCUGGGAAGGAGCACGAAUCAGACUUCAUUCUGCUGGCUGACGUCUUUCCCACCGGCUGGCACGGUGUCGAAAUCUCUGGUUUCCAGUCAGGUGAAAGCAUCGCGGUAUUUGGAGCAGGCCCUGUCGGGCUCAUGGCCGCUUAUUCUGCUGUGCUGCGGGGCGGGUCCAACAUCUAUGUCGUGGAUCGUGUUCCCGAGCGGCUGAAGGCCGCCGAAAAGAUCGGCUGUAUUCCGAUUGAUUUCACCAAGGGCGACGCCGUCGACCAAAUCAUUGCUCACAAUGGAGACAUGGUUGAUCGCUCCGUUGAUGCCGUUGGUUACCAGGCCGUGAACCCCAACGGAUCCUCCGAGAAGCCCAAUAUUGUACUCGAGAACAUGAUCCGUGUCACUCGAGCCUGUGGUGGACUGGGCAUUGCUGGCCUCUAUGUGCCUAGUGACCCUGGUGCGUCUGACGCCGCAUCCGCGAGCGGCAUGAUCAGCUUGAGCUUUGGAAAGCUCUUUGAAAAGGGCCUUUCUAUCGGUACCGGACAGUGUAAUGUCAAGGCAUACAACAGAUACCUACGCGAUAUGAUCAUUGCCGGCAAGGCGAAGCCUAGUUUCGUCAUCUCUCACGAAAUUGGACUGGCCGACGCUGAGGAUGCGUAUGAUAAGUUCGAUAAAAGAGAAAAUGGCUGGACCAAGGUUAUCAUUCACCCCAAUGGUGGGUUUUGAUCAAGAAUAAUGAGACUUUUUCGAGUCCCGUGUAUAUAGGGAAAUUUUCACAAUUUAUG